AGAGCGGCAUUACCUUGGCCUCACAUCACAGAAAUAGUUUCUCCCACCCCUCCGACACGUGCAAAGUGGUAGAGUCCAGAGGGCGCGAGCCUCCGAACUGUUUUGGUUGUCAAGGAGCAGAAACUGGAAUCAGUCAGUGUUUCAAUGAUGGAGAAGAUGAGUGAGGAGAACAUGGAGGAGGUGACGGUGCUGGAGGCUCAGAUCGAGUGCCUCCAGGCUGAAGUUGCAGACUUGCAGGUCCAACAGCAGGACAACCAGAAGGACAUAACAUUCCACUUCAGAGGUCAAAUGCAGGAUGCCAUGUCGUACAUGUGUGGACAGAAAGAAGAAGGGGAGAAGGAGAAGUUGCUGUCCAGGCUGAAGGAGGAGGUGGAGGAGCUUGAGGAGGAUCUGAAGCAGCAGACUCAGAUGAAUGGCAUCAGUCUGAACAGCUGCUUCACAAAGACUCUGCAAAGCAGUGGCAGGAAGCAGGUCCAGCAGCUCUGUAUAUCAGGUCACUGCUCUGAAGGGGUCUUCCAGGUGGAGUUCCAGCUCUCUGAGGUCAAGGAGGGUCAGGGUACUCAGAGGACGAUCAAUGAUCUGAACGUGGUGAUGGACGCCAGCAACCUGCAGAACUUCAGCAGUUUCCUUUCUGGUGUGGAGGAGAGCAGGGAUCUUCUGCUGUUCUUCAGGACCCUCAGGACUUUCUCAGACAGAUGUGAUGACCGGUGCAGAACCUUCCAACACUUCCAGGAGAAGUACCCGUCUGUCAUCUCUCUUCCUGCAGGCUGCAGGUCAGAGGUCAUGACCCUGAACCACCCGGAGCUCCCUGGCUGCGUCUUGUUCAUUCACUGGUCAGUCGAGGUGUCCAGAGAGGGUGCGGUUACCCCAAAGAUCGAGCUGCUGACAAAGAUCCCUGAUACAGCGCUGCAGUUGUUUCCCUCUCAGGCUGUAGGCGGCGCUACUGAAGCCUUUCAGAGCCUGCUGAGGAUUCUGGGACCUGAAGCCACCAUGGAGGCCGUCAUCAUGGCGGUCAGCCUCUCUCAGGACACAUAACUCACAUCUUCAUCUCUGUUAUACCCACAUAAAGCUUUUAUAUUCUAACAUGUCCAAUAACUGACACACACACAGUGACAGUUUAGUCUCUUAGAAAUCUUUAUUCAAUAGAAAGAGCACGGCUGUGACGCAUGUAACAGCAGAGCUCAUUGGUCAAAAUCUACAAAAAUAAAUAAUUUAAAUACAAAAUGCAAGACAGCAGUGUCGCCUUUGUAUUGUCAAAUAAGUUUUUUUUCUCUCAGCUAUUUACACACACGCAGUUAUUAUAAGUCUGUAGGUAUCACAGUGCUGUGAUGUUUCUGCAGGCUGACGCUCAGGCAGCAGGCGGAGGCAGAGGCAGCGGACCAAUCAGACUGCUGCUCACCUGUCAGGGCUUCAUCUCAGAGUGAGGACAAAGUUUGUUUCCUCUGUAAACUUAAACCUAAUCUUAAAGGCAUUUAUUUUAAAAUGUGUCAGCUCUAUGUUUUAUUGAGCCCCAGUUUGUGUCUCUCACCUUUUUAAUAUCAACAAUUGAAUCUCCACCCAACAACACUUCUUCCAAAAUUCUUCAAGGUUCUCUACCCAGAUGAAAAAAUAUUCUAUUGCUGCAUGAUAAAAAUGUUGUUGUUGGUUUUUUUUUUACUUUUUUUU